AUAAACAUGCCUGAACCGUCUAAGCCAGCGCCCAAGAAGGGCUCCAAGAAAGCGGUGACCAAGAGCGCCGCAAAGGGCAGUAAGAAGAGGAGAACCAAGAGAAAGGAGAGCUACGCCAUCUACGUGUACAAGGUGAUGAAGCAGGUCCAUCCAGACACCGGCAUCUCGUCCAAGGCCAUGGGCAUCAUGAACUCGUUCGUCAGCGACAUCUUCGAGCGGAUCGCCAGCGAGGCCUCCCGCCUGGCUCACUACAACAAGCACUCCACCAUCACCUCCAGGGAGAUCCAGACCGCUGUCAGGCUGCUGCUGCCCGGUGAGCUGGCCAAGCACGCCGUGUCCGAGGGCACCAAGGCCGUCACCAAGUACACCAGCUCCAAGUAAAGCUUCACUGUUUAACACCAACACAACGGCUCUUUUAAGAGCCACACACUUUAUCUGCAGAGCUGCUGGUCCACAUUAACUGUGUGGAGGCUUCAUU